AUGCCCAUCAGCAAAAUCUUCGCCCGUCAGAUCUUUGACUCCCGUGGCAAUCCCACCGUCGAGGUGGACGUCACCACCGAGCUCGGUCUCUUCNACGAGGCGCUGGAGCUGCGCGACAAUGACAAGAGCAAGUACCACGGCAAGUCGGUGAUGGAGGCCAUCAACAACGUCAACCAGAUCAUCGCCCCCAAGCUGGUCGGCUCGAAUGUUGACGUCAGCAAUCAGGCCGCCGUGGAUGAUCUGCUCUGCAAGCUGGACGGCACCGAAAACAAGAGCACUCUGGGCGCCAACGCAAUUCUGGGCGUGUCCAUGGCUGCGGCCAAG